CGCCGAGGUUGCGGGUUCCUAUCAAGCGUUGUUUGCAAACUGGGCCACUGGAGCGUGUCCUGAUUGGCUUGCUCCGAGGCGGGGAAGGGAGUCAUUAGAGACUAGGACCGCUUCCUGAAGCGCGAGGCAGGAAGUUAUCUAGAACCUCUGGAGUCGUGUGGAGAAAGUGCUCGCUGCCUCAUUGGUGGCGGCUAGAGCUGGCUGUGCGUCGAGAGACGGGCGGCCCGGUCCCGCCACAGCUAGGGGUCGGUUUCCAUCGCGGCACCACGGCCCCCUCCUCCAGCCCCGAGCCCGGUGCGACUGCCCGGGAGACUUCAGGCUCCUUUCCGCUGCUCCAAGGGGCAUCUCCCCGGGCAUCGCCCGGGCCUCCAGCCGGGGGACUGGCUCGUCGCUUGAGCACCCCGGGCCGCAGUAAGGACGCUAAGAGCCCUGCGUCCUGUGCCCCUGUCUGAGCCGAGGCCCCGGUCCAGAGCGACAGCCUCGGACCUGGGCCUAGACGGAUCCAAAACGCUCAGACCGGGCCCGCCCCAGACGGGGCUCUGCAUCAUCUCUGAGAUGUCACCCACCGUCGCCCACAAGGACAGCAGUCGGCAGCGGCGGCCAGGGACGUUCAGCCUCUCUCUCGAGGUGAAGAGCGGCUCUCUGCCGCCAGACGGCUGGGAUGACGGCCCGGACUCGGCAGGAGGGGAAGGGGACGGAGAAGCCCUUCUGCAGGAUACCGGCCCCGGGGGCGCCUCCAGAGUCGUCCGGAGCUGCCGGGCCGAACUCAGCAGCGUGUUGCUGCUGCUCUUCCUUUACGUGCUCCAGGGCAUUCCAUUGGGCCUAGCGGGAAGCAUCCCGCUCAUUUUGCAGAGCAAAAACGUGAGCUAUACGGACCAGGCUUUCUUCAGUUUUGUCUUUUGGCCCUUCAGCCUCAAAUUGCUCUGGGCCCCCUUGGUCGACGCGGUCUACUUCAGGAACUUCGGUCGGCGCAAAUCCUGGCUUGUGCCGACACAGUACAUACUGGGACUCUUCAUGAUAGGUUUAUCCACGCGGGUGGACCACUUGCUCGGGAACGGCGAGGGCAGGACCCCCGACGUGCUCGCGCUCACGGUGACAUUCUUCUUGUUUGAAUUCCUGGCCGCCACUCAGGACAUCGCCGUGGACGGGUGGGCGUUGACCAUGUUAUCGCGGGAAAACGUGGGCUACGCGUCUACUUGCAACUCGGUGGGCCAAACUGCGGGCUACUUUUUGGGCAAUGUUUUGUUUUUGGCCCUGGAAUCCCCCGACUUUUGUAACAAAUAUUUGCGGAUUCAGCCACAACCCAGGGGGAUCGUUACUCUUUCAGAUUUCCUUUUUUUCUGGGGAACUAUAUUUUUAAUAACAACAACUUUAGUUGCCCUUCUGAAAAGAGAAAACAAAGAAGUAUCACUAGUAAAAGAAGAAACACAAGGGAUUACGGACACUUACAAGUUGCUUUUUUCGAUUGUAAAAAUGCCAGCAGUUCUUACGUACUGCCUUCUGAUUCUAACUGCAAAGAUUGGUUUUUCAGCAGCAGAUGCAGUGACAGGACUGAAGUUGGUAGAAGAAGGAGUACCCAAAGAACAUUUAGCCCUAUUGGCUGUUCCAAUGGUUCCUUUGCAAAUAAUCCUGCCUCUGAUUAUCAGCAGAUACACUGCAGGUCCCCAGCCACUAAACGUAUUUUACAAAGCCAUGCCCUACAGAUUAUUGCUUGGAUUAGAAUUUGCCCUGCUGGUUUGGUGGACUCCGAAAGUAGAACAUCAAGGGGGAUUCCCUAUAUAUUACUAUAUCAUAGUGCUGCUGAGCUAUGCAUUACAUCAGGUUACACUGUACAGCAUGUAUGUUUCUAUAAUGGCUUUCAAUGCCAAGGUUAGUGAUCCGCUUAUUGGAGGAACAUACAUGACCCUCUUAAAUACUGUCUCCAACCUGGGAGGAAACUGGCCUUCGACGGUGGCUCUUUGGCUUGUGGACCCCCUCACAGUGAAGGAGUGUGUAGGCGCAUCGAACCAGAACUGCCGAACACCUGAUGCUGUUGAGCUUUGCAAAAAAUUUGGUGGCUCGUGUGUUACAGCGCUGGACGGUUACUAUGUGGAGUCCAUUAUUUGUGUUUUUAUUGGAUUUGGUUGGUGGUUCUUUCUCGGUCCAAGAUUUAAAAGGUUACAGGAUGAAGGAACAUCUUCAUGGAAGUGCAAAAGGAGCAAUUGAUGCGGACAGUACUGGACAUUCUAGAAAGGUAACUGUAGAUUAGUUUUAAUACAGAGAGCUCUGAUAAUCAGUGCACAGGAGUAUAAAACAUUAUUUAAACAAGGAAAUUAUUGAUAUAAAACUGCCAAAUGGUCGAAAAAUAGAGACUUCUCUGUAUAGUUGAUUAUAUUUUUCCUUGCCUUGUCAGUGUAUUUAAAGUUUACUUAAGGUCAGGAAAUUGGUUCUACAACAACUUUUCUGGCCUUGUUAUUUGAUUUACUUGUUACGAAUUCACUGACCAAAGCACGUUUUAAGCUGCUGUGCAGUAGCCAUAGAGGCGGUGACCCUGCAGUCAAGUAUUGUUAUCAGUACCUGUCACUGAGCUGUGUUUAAUGUUCUGGUGGAGUAUAUUAAGUGGACCAGACCUUGCUAUUCAGCUACUAACUACAAGCAGUCUGACCUUGUCAAUGGCUAAAAUCUUAUUUUGAAUCACAACUUGGAUAAAUUUUAUGUGGAAUUUGCUAAGAAGAGAAUGUAGACUACUGAAAUGCCAUUUUAGUUGUUAUUUUUCUGACCAUAACCACAUUGUAAGGAAUGAAUCUGUAUUAAAGACUCUUUAAAUGCAUUUCCUGCUUUUGUAGGCAUUACAGAUUUAUAAGAAGAUUAUUCAAACUAUUUUUUAUAAAAUGAAAGCUAUGAUUUUUAAUUUAUUAAUUUC